GGAAAAUUUUGCGAGUCGCCUUCGGAACAAACCACUUGCCGAUCAUCCCCCGAAGAGAAUAGUACCUUCUGCACCGAGAGACCAGUCGCGAUAAGAUUAGAGGAGGCAGCGACGUAUUUUUUACGAUACGUUCUGCCGCUGCUGCCAUAUAAGGCUCGGGGUUUUGGCCGGGCAGGCUCUCAAUAAAUCUUGCCUCCGCGGGGAACGAGGCACCGACCCAUUCAGCUCUCCACCUUCGAUUACCUCUAAGGAACAAUAGGAUAGAUCGCUGACUACAUAAAGUUCUUCUUCCACUCACAGCAAGAGCGCUACAAUGUUGAUCGCGAAAUUCCUGCUACCAUUGGUACUUACCUUGGCGACGUGUUGGGCACAUGAUCCUAUCUUCGACGACGUAGAACCGAUACCCUAUGAUGACCCUAUUCCAACGGACUAUAGGUUACCUAAUGAUGGCAUAAGUCCUAUUAACUAUGAAAUCACGUUGCAACCAUACUUCGAGGAAGUACCUAAAGAAACAAAUAAAGAGAAGUUUUCUUUUGAUGGAAACGUUAAGAUUACUCUCGCUAUUACAAAGAAGACAAAAGUAAUAACAUUACAUGCCAAGGACCUGAAUAUAAAUACGGAUAGUGUCUAUUUAGAAUAUGAAAAGAAGGAUAAGGAUGAGGAGCUGGAGAAAGUAAAGGCAAAGAUAGUUCGAAGUGAAGAAGAUAAGAAAAGAGAUUUUAUAAGAGUCACAUUUGAGAAUAAUAUCCCACCUGAACCUGAAAAUUAUUAUUUGAAAAUAGAAUACACUGGAAAAUUGAACGACAAUAUGCGUGGAUUCUACAGAAGUUAUUACAAGGAGGAUGAUGAGGAACAGUGGCUCGCAACAACCCACUUUGAGCCGACAAGCGCAAGACUAGCCUUUCCUUGCUGGGAUGAACCUGAUAAAAAGGCAACGUUUGAGAUCAUUAUUAAGCAUCCAUCGGAUUAUACCGUAAUCUCGAAUAUGCAAGAGAAGAAGAAAGAAGAAAAGAAAGAGGAAAAGAAAACGCAAGACUAUUCAGAAAAGACAACGCAAUUCGAAAAGACGCCAAAAAUGUCCACCUACCUCGUGGCAUUUGUAGUAUCGAAAUACAGCUCGAAACAAAAUGAUAAUGAAAAUCUUGCCAUAUGGACGAGACCCGACGAAAUCGAUAACACGAAGUAUAGCCUUGAGCAGGCAGAAAAAACACUGGCUAACUUGGAGACAUUUACUGACAUUAACUAUUACAAAGAUGGCGGAGCCUCGAAAAAGAGUGACUCGAUGGAGAUGCAAAAGAUGGAUCAAGUUACCAUUCCUCAUUUUAUUCCUGGCGCUAUGGAAAAUUGGGGUCUAGUAACGUACAGAGAAUCUGCUCUUCUCUACACGAAAAAUGUUACGACAACGCGAGCGAAGCAGGAUAUAGCAAUGGUGAUAUCUCACGAAUUCGCUCACCAAUGGUUCGGUAAUUUAGUGACUCCGGAAUGGUGGAAGUACAUCUGGUUGAAUGAAGGCUUUGCCACCUUCUUCCAAUAUUUUACUACCGACAGUGUUGUUACGGAGAACGAUGAAGAAUUGUGGCGUCUUAUGGACCAAUUUGUCAUUAAAAAUCUGCAAGAGUCCGCAUUCGUCACCGACGCGAGCAGGAACACUCGCAGCAUGAAUCAAGACGCGGGGACUGCUGAACAAAUUAACAGCUUGUUCGACAAUAUCGCUUAUAAAAAAGCCGCUUCUGUUAUUCGCAUGAUGCAGCACUUCUUGACGAACGAUAUUUUCAAAAAAGGACUUAACCACUAUCUGAAAAACAACAUGCACAAAUCUGUUACACCUGUCGACCUCUUCAAAUCUAUGCAAGAAAUACUUAAAAAUAAUAAGAAACAUAAAUUACCUCAUGAAGUUGCAAACAUCAUGGAUACUUGGAUAAACCAACCUGGAUACCCUGUUGUAAACGUUAAGAGGGAAAACGGUACUGAUAAUGUGUUAAUAACCCAGGAACGAUUCUUCAUGUAUAAACCGGCGAAAGCAGAUACGACCAAAUGGUUCAUACCAAUUAACUAUGUAACGCAAGAUAAGCCCAAAAUCGAAACGACUGCACCUACGCAUUGGUUGGAGAAUAAGAAAGGCCAGUUUUCUAUAAAAAAAGCACUGAAAGCAUCCAACUGGAUUAUUUUAAAUAAUCUUCAAACAGGAUAUUACCGCGUGAAUUACGACGACACUAAUUGGGAAAAUUUGGCAAAGCAUUUGAAUUCGGAUAAGUACGAGGAGAUCAGUCCGGUCACUCGCGCUCAGUUGAUCGACGAUUCGUUGAAUCUCGCUCGCGCUGGAUACUUGUCGUACCCCGUCGCGUUGCAGAUCACCGAAUAUCUUCACAGAGAAACUGAUUACAUCCCAUGGUACGCGGCUGCCAGAAAUCUAAAUUACAUGGACCGCAUGUUGCAAAGCAUGCCGAACUACGACAUCUUCCAGAAAUACGUGGCACAGAACCUGAAAGGAUACAUGGAGGCGGUUAAGGUCACGGACACACCGAAAAACAAGACGCAUGUUUUCCAACUCAGCAAGGAAUUGGCAAUCAACACGGCUUGCAGAUACGGACUCGAAGACUGCAAGAACUACGUCGACGAGAUGUUCAAGGAUUGGCUGGAAAACAAGAAGAAGCUACCGGCAGACUUGCGAGACGUGAUACUUUGCGCCGGAUUACGAUACGCUGACCAGCACAGGUGGAAUGUGACUCUGGAAAAAUACAAGAACACUAACGAUGAGAGCGAGAAAGCGGCGAUCCUGAACGGUCUCGGUUGCGUUCAAUCUAAAAAGAUUAUAGAGACCUUCCUCGAUCUAUCACUCGAGGAUAAGCCCGACAUCGGUAUUUUCGAAACAUUGAACACGAUUUACAGCAAUAACGCCGGCUGCUUCGACAUACUCAUGGAUUUCAUAAACAAAAAUAUAGAGAAGAUCCAUUCCCAGGACAAAAACAAAAUGAAGCUCACCACGCACGUCAAUCUCCUCGCUCAUAGAAUCACCAACAAGGAACAAUUCGGAAAGUUGACGCUUCUUGUGAUGCGGGAUCAAGUGAAGACGGACGUACUCGUUGGAAUGAUAACAGGAAAAGAUAAUCUUGAUUGGAUCGAGAAGCACGAGGAAGUUAUUUCGGACUGGUUGAAGGAAAACUAUAAAGACACACACGGUGGAAACUCCGCGCCUUCCAUCACCGCGAUGUCUUUCCUUAUGAUUAUUCCAAUGCUAAUCGCGCGAUUCUAUUAGAGACAUCAGCCAAUACAACUCGUGUACGCACACGCGCCGAAGUUCUUCGUCUCAUUGCAAUGUCCUCGAUCGAUCAAGUCGAAUUUAUCGAAUUCCCGCGACCCUCUUCUCUGUCUCUUUCUUUCUUUCUUUCUUUUUUUUUCUCUCUCUCUCUCUCUUUCUCUCUCUCUCUCUCUUUCUCUCUCUUUCUCUCUCUCAGCCUCACCAAAAACAACGGUUCGGGCGCGGAGAUAUUCGUCGCGUCGUGUGAUUUCGAUGUUGAACGUGAGGAAAGUGCAAUAUCUCAUCGGUGUAUCACAACCUCGGCAAUUUUACAUCAAUUGCGAUUUCAAGUUACGACCACGAUAUACACCUGGUACACUUUUCAGAGGAAAUGAAGGACGCUUCUCUCUCGGGACGAUGUUGACCGAAAUAUCGUCGCACUUGUCGACGUAUCAUGGUUCAAAUCCGUUUUGCAUACUAUAAGAUUAACGAAAUUAAUUACUGUUUAAUCAUAGAUAACAUUUUUAAUGAGGUAUAUAAUAUAAUUACGUAAUUGUGUAUGAUACCAUUGUAAAUACAUACUAUUUAUACCACCCCUACACAAUAGCUUUUACUUAAUAUAUAGAUAUUUAUAACAAUUAUAUGUAUUACCUUGUGACACUUGGCAUCGAGUUUUCAUUGAGAUACAACCGAGUUGUGAUGUUUGCGCAUAUUUUUUUAUAGAAGGUCAAACACCAUGAGAACAUCGCUCGCUACAAUCGAUUGAUUGUACCCUCGGGCUCUCCUUAUUGUAAAAUGUAUUUAAUAAAAAAGACCAUUCUGUUCCACUA